AUUGUUUCUUACAGCUUUGACGCUCUUCGGAUCAAACCCCUCCUGUAUGCCGUCCUAAACGAACAGCCCGACGAAGCCAUCUGGGACGCUGUCUGUGAUGCCGUUACCGCGUCCACUCCGUCUCCCCGCCCCGCGUCGUCGAUCCAACAAACACCAUGGCUGUGCAGCACGGGCAGCUUGGCGAUCUCAACCGAGCACCACAAGUACGUCGAAGACUUGCUGAGGGUGGGGCUGGGCCACAUGUACGUUGGCGUACCUGGUUACUUCGACGCCUUCUUUGGAGAGGUCGCAGAUCUUAGACUGGCAGGACAGGCUGUGUUUAACAAGUACAAAGAGGGAGACAUACCGCUCUACCAGGAGGAGAGUGACUGGCAGGGCUGGCCUGAAGGGAUGAGGAGGGGGGGGGGGGGUGUUACGCUAGUUUGCACCGCUUACAGAGCAGCUCUUGGACUUCGCUGA